AUGUCUUCACAGCCAUUUGAGAAGGAGAGUCGCAAAGGCAGUGCAGGCACCCUGCCGCUGUCAGAGACAACCACGGAGACUGGAUCCAUGCGCACCCUAUCCACUCCCAUUUCUCUUGAGGCCGACGACGAGCCAGACUGGCCUCAAUCAUGGCGUGCCUACGCCUGCUUGCUGGGCUGCUUCUUCCUCAUGUUCAACUCCUGGGGUCUUGUAAACGCCUAUGGGACAUGGUCCUCGUACUAUGUUGGAAACUCACUCCGAGGAGUCGAUCAGUUGGAGCUGAAUCUGAUCGGAUCAACGCAGUCUUUCCUCGUUCUCCUUUUCUCAAAUCCAGUUGGACGGCUUCUGGACGCUGGCUACUCCCGUGUCGUGAUCGGAUGCGGCACUUUGCUCGUCCCGUUUGGCUUGUUCAUUCUUUCGGUUGUGCAUCCCAGCAAUGUUGGGGCGAUUGCCAGUUUUGGCCCAAUUUGGGCAACGCAAGGUCUCGUCGUCGGCUUAGGCAUGGGGACUUUCUUCGUUUCUAGCUCUCAAGUCGCUACAACAUGGUUCCCUAAACGACGAGGUCUCGCUGUGGGCUACGUUGCGUGCGGUGCCAGCGUUGCAGGAGUAGUGUACCCCACGAUGCUCCGCUACCUCAUCGAUUCUCUAGGCUUCAAUGACGCUGUACGCUGUGUUGCAGGCCUCACCUCCAUAACCUGCAUAUACUCCUUCAUCUUUUGCACACCAGACCCUGCCCACGACCACCACGAGCCGAAGCGCUGGCGUGCCCUCCGGACUUGGUUCGACACAGAAGCCUUCCACAACAAAGCUUGGUGCUGGUUCACUGCCGCUGUUGCGUUCAUGUUCUUCGGCUUUUACCCCAUCUUCUUCAAUCUCGAAGAGUGGGCAUCGGUUCGCGGUUUCGGAACACGUAAAACGAGCGGCGGAGAUGCAAGCAACGGGCCCCUCCAGACGUUUUGGCUUCUGGCCAUCAUGAAUGGAGCGUCGACUGUCGGGCGAAUGCUUCUGGCCCACUUCUCCGACAAGGUCGGCGCACUCAACAUGCACAUCGUCUCCCAGUUUGUAUCAUCGCUUCUUACGCUCAUACUAUGGACCCUGGCUGGAUCAGAAACCGAUGCUAUUGCCUUCUGUGUGGUGUUUGGUGUCUUCUCAGGAAUGGUCAUUGGUCUCCCUCCCGCCUCGGUCGGUAACAUUCUGAACUGCACCUACACUACAGCAGACACGAGGCAUCUGGCCAAGAAGAAGCUUGGCCAUUGGACCGGAAUGAUGUACACAUUCGCCGCGAUCCCAGCCCUGACUGGCCCCGUUAUUUCAGGCCAUCUCAUUACAAAGUAUAACACCUACAUCACCGUGCAGAUGUGGUCGGGAACCAACCUCAUGCUCUCAUUCGCAUGUAUGUUGGUAGCGAGGUGGUAUCUGCCCUGUGCGAACGGUCAAAGUGCUCCUAGCGAAAUUGCACGUGUGUUUGGCAAGCAUGAAGCGCCUGUCACAGAGAAAGGAAAAGGGAACGAAAUCGACACUGGAUCUCCAGAAGCUUUGUCGCAGGCCCCAACUCGCGUUCCUAGUAUUACCCCUUCACGACAAGCGUCCAUGGAUAGACCCGACUCACCGGAGAGGAUGGUCUGA